AUGGCCUUUCAGGCUCUCAGUCUUGUUGGUCUCAUCGGCCUCGCUAAUGCCGUAUGUCCCUAUAUGACCGGCGAGCUCUCAGCUCGUGACACCAAUCUAGAUGCCAGCGAAGAUUUUCUGUCCCCGUAUUACCUAAAUGACCAAGAUGCUUUCAUGACAAGCGACGUGGGCGGCCCAAUCGAAGACCAAUUCAGUCUGAAAGCUGGCGAGCGUGGUUCAACUUUGCUUGAGGACUUUAUCUUCCGUCAAAAGAUCCAACGAUUUGACCAUGAACGAGUUCCCGAACGUGCUGUACAUGCUCGGGGUGCAGGAGCUCAUGGUGUCUUUACUUCUUACGGUGAUUUUUCGAACAUCACAGCGGCUUCGUUCCUUGGUGCGAAAGACAAGCAAACUCCCAUCUUCGUCCGUUUUUCCACUGUUGCGGGAAGUCGAGGGAGUUCCGAUCUGGCUCGCGAUGUGCACGGGUUUGCCACGCGGUUCUACACUGAUGAGGGCAACUUUGAUAUUGUCGGCAACAACAUCCCCGUCUUCUUCAUCCAGGAUGCAAUCCGAUUCCCCGACCUGAUUCAUGCCGUCAAACCCCGAGGUGAUAAUGAAAUUCCACAGGCUGCCACCGCUCACGACUCCGCGUGGGAUUUCUUCAGUCAGCAACCUAGCACAAUGCAUACCCUCUUCUGGGCCAUGGCUGGCCACGGAAUCCCUCGAUCUUUCCGUCAUAUCGAUGGCUUCGGAGUUCACACCUUCCGGUUCGUCACCGACGCUGGGGCUUCUAAGCUGGUCAAGUUUCACUGGAAGACUCUCCAGGGCAAGGCCAGCUUGGUUUGGGAAGAAGCUCAACAGGUCUCGGGGAAGAACGCAGAUUACCAGCGCCAGGACCUUUACGAAGCUAUUGAGGCAGAGCGCUACCCUGAGUGGGAGCUUGCCGUGCAAAUUAUGGACGAAGAAGACCAGUUGCGCUUUGGUUUUGAUCUUCUCGAUCCAACUAAAAUCGUACCCGAGGAGUAUGUUCCUUUGACCAAGCUAGGCAAAAUGACCCUCAACCGCAACCCUCGCAACUAUUUCGCGGAGACCGAGCAGAUCAUGUUUCAACCCGGCCAUAUUAUCCGGGGUAUAGAUUUCACCGAAGAUCCUUUGCUCCAAGGCCGUCUUUUCUCAUAUCUUGAUACACAACUUAACCGCAAUGGGGGUCCCAAUUUCGAGCAACUCCCAAUCAACCAGCCCCGUGUCCCUGUUCACAACAAUAACCGUGACGGUGCUGGCCAGAUGUUUAUACCACUUAACCCAAAUGCUUACACUCCCAAUACCCUCAACCAGGGCGCGCCGAAGCAGGCCAACCAGACUGUUGGCCGUGGUUUCUUCACUGCGCCUGAUCGCGCCGCCAGCGGCCAUCUCGUCCGUGCCCUCAGCUCUACCUUUGAAGAUGUGUGGUCUCAGCCGCGCCUCUUCUUCAACUCCCUCGUGCCAGCUGAGCAACAAUUCCUAAUCAAUGCGAUCCGUUUCGAAACGUCCAAUGUCGCCAGCUCCAUUGUCCGUAGCAACGUUGUCCUGCAACUGAACCGUAUCUCGAAUGACCUAGCGCGCCGUGUUGCCCGCGUCAUCGGGGUGGAAGAGCCUCAGCCAGAUCCAACCUUCUACCACCACAACGUCACCACCGAUGUUGGCGCCUUUGGCCACAAGUUGCAACGUUUGGAUGGCCUCAAAGUCGGAGUCCUUGCCUCCGUCAAUGUCUCAGCCUCCAUUGAAUCCGCGUCUUCGCUCGCAGACCAGAUCUCCGAUGACGGGGUCGAUGUCAUCGUUGUUGCUGAACGCCUCGUCAACGGCGUAGAUCAAACCUAUUCAGCCACCGACGCGAUCCAGUUCGAUGCUAUCAUUGUCGCCCCCGGUACAGAGUCCCUGUUUGGGCCUCACUCUGCGACAGCUCCUCCCAAUGUCGGCAGUACACUCUACCCUGCUGGACGCCCGCUCCAGAUUCUCAUCGACGGAUUCCGUUUCGGAAAACCUGUUGGUGCCCUGGGCAGUGGCUCCGUGGCUCUGGGAAAUUCUGGUAUUUCCGAAUCCCGCGACGGCGUUUAUGUAGCUCAAUCCGUUACCGAUGCUUUCGUGGGCGAUAUCAAAGAUGGUCUGCGGACCUUCAAGUUCCUGGAUCGCUUUCCCGUGGACCAGUAA